AAAAACUAGCAGGGGUUAAGACUUUAUUCGCGCAUCCAUUGUCGAGAUAAGGACGAGCAAGUAUGGAUCUGUAUACGUUUUCACGCAAGGCGAUCCUCCAAGUCACAAUGAUGUCGAAAAUGGAAAAAACACGGGAUUCCUUGCCAUCCAAUUCAAAGUAAAAUUUCCUCAUGGAGAAAGGAGCGAGUCGGGAAUCAUGAGCACAGGUGUGAAGAAGCCUCCAUUGGCUCCCAAACCUAAACUCCCUGUGACCACCAAGCCCUCACCUCCUCCCAUUGCCCCUAAACCAGAGGUCCUAACGCAGCCCUCAGUUGUCUCCCAGCCUUCCCCUGCUACUCUGAAGCGAACCAAACCGGCUGUUGCACCCAAACCAUGCAUCCCUAAAUCCUCAACCUCACCCACCUCUGUUUUACCCCGGCCACCCAAACCUGGCGUGCCCAACACCCUAUUUCAGGAACAAAGGGAGGAUUUGGAUGAUAGUCUCUCAGUUCUCAACUCCAAGAAUGAGAUUUUAUCAGAGCCCGGUAAUCAGGAAUCGGACUACAUCAUUCCCACCUGUUCUUGUGGGCUCCGGGAUUGCUCCCAGUGCCAACACCUAGACAAUGGAAAUGUCAUGCCAACUGGGAAUGAUUUGCACAACAAGCUGCUGCAGAACGGGAAUUCUGCAGAGGGAUGUGAAAUUCCAGAUACGAGGUCGCUUGAUGUGACAGAGAACCAGGAGGAGAGGGUGGCAGCCAAAAGGAGUGGAGGCUUGAGCAACCACCUUCACCCUAAGCCCAAGGACAAACCCCAGAGACAGAGGCGCCUGAAAAAGGAACAGGUGGGCGGAGAGGGGCAGAGGACUGAGGAGCAGCUGCAGCCAGGGAAAGGCUUUGAAGGAAGUGAUUUGGAUCAGUUAUCAAAGGGUGCAGAGGGGAUCACAGAUACACAGACAGAGGAUCCUAACACAGAACCACAAAACAAAGACUCUGAAAUCGCCUGCAAUUUUGAAGGCAGCAUUGUUGUGUCAUCAGUGCUCACUGAUCCUCAGCGAUGGUCUCAGACACCUUCGCAAGAAUGCACUCAGGUAGACAGCAGUGAGCCUAAUGCCUCUGUCUUGUAUGCUGAGAGCAAAGCACCAUCUGUCAGGUUGCCCCCUGACCCACAGGUCCCAGCUCCCCCCAGCAAGCCUCUGCCGGUUCCCCACCCACGCAAGCCCAAGAAGCCAGCCCUGGUGAGGCAGGAUGGCUUAGAAGGCAGUGCCCAUGAGGAACACAUUCAUGGGAUUGAAAUGCAGGAGUCUGAGAAGACAGUUUGGCCGGCUUGUGUUUCUCUCAGCUCAGAGGAGGAAGAACUCAGACAGGGUGUAAUUGACAACCUCCUCCUCCAACCCAGAGUCUCAGGUAUGGUAGAUGAUGACCCUGACGCCCCUGUGCCCCCUCCACGACAGACUUCUCUGUCACCACGCCUCCACAGAAUGAGCCACACUCCCUACUGUCUCGACCGCAAUGCCUCCCACUCCCUAGACGUGCUCUCUGACCCACGGUCCGAUGCACUGAGCCAAGACAUCAAAAAGGACAGUGAGGCGCAAAGAGUGGAGGACAAUGAGGAGGACGGGUAUGGAGAUUUUGAGCGUUACCCCAUUGCACACAGCCUCCCCAAACAGAUCAAGCUAGGCUGCCACCAGCCCCUGGCCAACACCAGGAAAGCAUUCUCUGCCGAUGAGCAGGACUCGCCAAGGACACCGCCCCGGAAGCCCCAGAGACACAGCCUGCCAGCACCUCCUCCGCCCUCCAUAACCCCUCCUGCGCCUCCUCACGCCAACACCCCAAUGAGGGAGCUGCCUGCACCACCCCAGGAGAAAACAGCUUGGCGCUUUCCCAGGCCUUGCGUGACAUUUUUCAGCAGGCAGAUGCCUACCAGAAGCAGCGUGCCCCCUCAGAGCAGGGCCCCGCUGCUGGGGAGCAAGCAGAGGGCCCAGUCCUUCUCCGCAGCUGACCUGGCAACCCGCAACGAAAGCCAGAAGAGGAGCCUCUCUUUCCGGAAGCUGCUGGAACUCAGGCUCUCAGUCAAGAUGCUGCCAAGGUUGCUUGCCAAGGGAGGGCAGUCUCUGGACUGUACCAAUGUGGAAACAAACCCAGCUGAUAAAUGUCUGGAUCAGCCUAAUAGCAGCAAAGGGGAGUCUUUCGGCAGUGGCGAAGGUGGAGAGGGAUUGGUGGAGUAUGAGAAUGUUCCGCUGUAUGAGGAGAUACCCGAGUAUAUGAACCUCCCGUUUCACAGUGGGCGACCGGGCUGGCCACAUGACUCCGAUUCAGACAUCUAUGAGGUGCAGGACCCCUAUCAAAGACCCCAGAGUGAUGACUAUGAGAGUGGCUGGAUGAGGCAGGACGGGGUUUACUCGGAGGAGGAGGAAGUGCAUAGCUCCGAUGAAGAGGACAACAGCUCCACAUCCAGUAAGGAGCAGCUGGAUGUGUCAGACCGACAGCAAGAGGACGAGAUGAAGAGGAAGAAGGUGGUGCACAUAGCUCAGGAGAUCAUGAGCUCCGAGAAAGUGUUCGUGGAUGUCCUGAAGCUGCUUCAUAUAGACUUCCGGGAUGCAGCGGCCAAGGCGACGCGGCAGAAUGGAAAGCCUGUGGUGGAGGAGCGGAUCCUCAGCCAGAUCCUGUACUACCUGCCUCAGCUCUACCAGCUCAACAGAGACCUGCUGAGAGAGCUGGAGGAGAGAGUGGCUCACUGGUCUGAUCACCAGAGACUGUCGGACAUUUUUGUCCAGAAGGGGCCUUACUUGAAGAUGUACUCCACCUACAUCCGUCAGUUCGACAACAACGUGGCUCUGUUAGACGAACAGUGCAGGAAAAACCCGGGUUUGGCCGCCAUUGUCCGACAGUUCGAGAUGAGUCCAAGAUGUGCCAACCUAGCGUUGAAACACUACCUUCUGAAACCAGUCCAGAGAAUCCCUCAGUACCAGCUGCUACUCACAGAUUAUCUGAAGAAUUUACCUGAGGACUCUGAGGAUUAUAAAGACACACAAGCUGCCCUGGGCAUAGUGAAGGAAGUGGCCAAUCAUGCUAAUGAUAUUAUGAAACAAGGGGAUAACUUUCAGAAGCUAAUGCAUAUUCAGUACAGUCUGAAUGGCCACCAUGAGAUUGUUCAGCCAGGCAGGGUGUUUCUGAAAGAAGGCACUCUGAUGAAACUGUCCAGGAAAGUCAUGCAGCCGCGGAUGUUCUUCCUGUUUAAUGAUGCACUCAUGUACACCACUCCUGUUCAGUCUGGCCAAUAUAAGCUGAACAGUAUGCUCUCUUUGGCUGGGAUGAAGGUGAGUAAGCCCAGCCAGGAGGCCUAUCAGAAUGAGCUGAACAUUGAAAGCGUUGAGCGCUCUUUUAUCCUGUCUGCCAGCUCUGCCACAGAGAGAGACGAGUGGCUGGAAGCCAUCGCCAAGGCCAUAGAGGACUACACGAAGAAAAAGAUCACAUUCAUAUCCAGCCGCAGUCAGGAGGAGGCUGAUGGUCUUGGAGACAGUGGGGCCCCACUGGGUUCUAAGGCUCCCAUUUGGAUCCCGGACCUGAGGGCCACCAUGUGUAUGAUUUGCACCUGCGAAUUCACUCUCACCUGGAGGCGGCAUCACUGUCGCGCCUGUGGCAAGGUUGUGUGUCAGGCAUGCUCCACUAAUAAGUGCUAUCUGGAGUACUUGAAGAAUCAGCCCGCACGUGUGUGUGACCACUGCUUUGCCAAGCUGCAAGAGAAUAGUGACCGAUGUGCCUCGGCGUCAGUUUCUCCUAUCGGAAAAUCGGGAGCCUUUUCUUUUUCCAGAAAACAGAAGAAGAUUCCUGCAGCACUGAAGGAGGUGUCUGCCAACACGGAGAAUUCUUCCAUGAGUGGCUAUUUAAACAGGUCGAAGGGUAGCAAGAAACCGUGGAAAAGGUUGUGGUUCGUCAUCAAGAAUAAAGUCCUCUACACCUACGCCGCCAGCGAGGAUGUGGCGGCUCUGGAGAGUCAGCCCUUGUUAGGUUUCUUUCUAAGAGAAGAGAAGCACGGCCCAAAUCAGAAGCUGCAGUUCAAACUGUACCACAAGAACACCCUGUUCUACAUCUUCAAAGCUGACGACAUCCCCACUGCACAGAGAUGGAUUGAAGCCUUCCAAGAGGCCAUGAUUCUUGAACAGUGAUUCCCAUCAACAGCGGUGAAGCUAAACUAGCCCUGGAGCCAAUUGAUGGACAACUCACGACCCCUGGUC